AAGCUCAUCAACCAAUCAAAUUACUCGUAAGACGAAACCAUCCAAUCAUGAGGAGGACUGGGAAUCUUUUUUUUUAGAAAAUCCAAAAUGGCGGACGAUGGGAUGAUGGCGGAGUUUUGUAGAAGAAUUCCUAAAAUUGAGCUUCAUGCGCACCUGAAUGGCUCCAUCAGUUUGGACACAAUGGACAAGCUGUUCACCUACAAGCACCAGACAAGCCCAGAUGACCCUUCCUUACCCAGUCGAGAUCUACUAAUGGGCUGGAAAGCUGAUGGUGAAAACUUUAGUGAGGGGUUCAAAGUGUUCUCAGUCAUUCACAAGUUAGUAGAUGAUGUUAACUCUGUCAAAAUAGUGACAGGGGAUGUCAUCCAUGAUUUUGCUGGAGAGAAUGUUAAAUACCUGGAGCUGAGGAGCACUCCUAAGUCAAAUCCCAAGACAGGGAUGACUAAACAGGCCUAUGUUGAUGCCAUACUAACGGCUAUUGAAGAAGCAAAACAGAAAUCACCAGGGAUUGUUGUGAGGUACCUGGUUUCGAUAGACAGAAAAAAGGGACCUGCAGAAGCUGUCGAGAAUGCUCAGCUGGCGGUAGAUUACAGAAAGAGAUAUGGAGAUGUGGUUUGUGGGGUAGACCUGGGCGGCGAUCCAGCUGCAUUUGAAUCUAAGGACUUCCUUCCAGCACUGGCCAAAGCAAAAAAGUAUGGGCUCAAGCUUGCACUUCAUAUUGCUGAGGUUCCUGGUGCCAAGGAAGCCAAGGAUCUUCUGGAGUUACCGACGGACAGGAUAGGUCAUGGCACAUGCCUACAUCCAGAUAGGGGGGGCUCUCAGGAACUCUUAGACAUUGUAGAGAAACAUGCUAUUCCAUUGGAGUUGUGCUUGUCUUCCAAUGUUCAGUGUCACACAGUCAGCUCAUACGAUGACCACCACAUGUGGCACUGGUACAACACCAACCAUCCCUUCGUCAUAUGUGUAAGUACAACAUCAACCACCCCUUUGUCAUAUGUGUAAGU